GCAUGCACUUCCAUUCCCACCAACAUUGAUUCCAUAAAUACAUAGCUUUCUUCCUUAAUUUGAAAGUAAAGAAGCAAUACCAAGUACAAUCUCUCUACUUUCAGCGUGCUUGAUUUCACAUUUUGAAUGCAAUUUUCUAAAUUUUAGAAACUAGUAGUUAUAAUUUUCACGUCUUAAACGUGUGAUUCUUUCAUUUUCGAGUUUCUAAACCUCUUACGAGAACCAUUCCUAGUAUAUGUUUACUUGUGUUCCGGAGCUGGCUAACUCACAAUCACAAGAAUGCUUGGAGGAAUAUGUGGAACGCAACACGAGAGUGGUCACAGAGUUAUACAAAGCCCUAACCUCCAAAGACCCCGAGACGCUCCAUGGGCUUGUGACCCAAGACUUGGAGUGGUGGUUCCACGGCCCACCAUGCCAUCGGCACCACUUGGUCCCCUGGCUCACGGGCUCCUCACCCUCCUCAAAGGCUUUGGUUCCACAACACAUGGUGGGCUUUGGGCCAGUGGUAAUUGCUGAAGGGUUUGAUGAUGACCAUUUGGUGUGGUGGGUGCACGCGUGGACCGUCACUGCUGAUGGGCUCAUAACUCAGGUCAAAGAGUAUGUGAACACUUCCGUGACCGUGACUCUUUUAUCACAACAAGUGCUUCCAAAUGCUUCCAAGUGUCAAUGCAUUUGGCAGAGUAGGCUUUGUGAUGAAUCUGUGCCUGGACUUAUUCUGCCAAUCUAGGGUAUUAGAAUUAGAUGGUGGUUGGGUUUCAAAAGUUCACCAUGCCACAUAGUGAGUGGUGCAUGUCACGUAGUUUAUAUAUGUGCACGUAAUUGGGUCUAUACUGUGAGUGUGCUUGUUUUUGUGCAAUUGUGUGGGUUUUGUGACAUUUAGUAAUUGUAUGUUAUGCUAUGGUUUGGGGCUGUUGAAAUAGUGGGUGUUUAUAUAAAUAUUAACAACGUAUCAUCAUCUUUUAUUCUA